CAGUUUCCUAUGCUUCUAGGAGAACGGGGAGCUCCAGGGAGCCCUGGAAAAGCGGGACCAGCUGGGGAGAAAGGCGAGAAAGGAGUCGCUGGCCUGCAUGGACCGAAAGGUGAAACGGGAGCCCCUGGCACACUAGGGGAGGAAGAUCUAGACAACAUGCAGUGCAAGAAAGGAGUGAAGAACUGCCAGGAGCUGCUAGCCAGAGGGAACCUCCUGAGCGGCUGGUACACCAUCUACCCCCACGACUGCAACGCCCUGACCGUGCUGUGUGACAUGGACACGGACGGCGGAGGGUGGAUUGUUUUCCAGAGACGGGCAGACGGCUCCGUGGAUUUUUUCCGUGACUGGAAUUCGUACAAGAAAGGGUUUGGUAGCCGGCUCUCAGAAUUCUGGCUGGGGAACGACAACAUCCACCUGCUGACGUCCUUUGGAACCAAUGAGCUUCGCAUCGACCUCACUGAUUUUAACAACAUAAAAUACUCCGCCAAGUACACGGCCUUCAGACUUGCAGGAGAGACUGAGAAAUACAAGCUGAUUCUUGGAGGCUUUGUUGAUGGCACUGCAGGGGAUUCGUUAUCCUAUCACAAGGACAUGCCAUUUUCAACCAGAGACCGGGACAACGACCAGCAUUCCAGUAACUGUGCCGAAAUGUUUAAAGGUGCCUGGUGGUACAACAGCUGCCACAAUGCCAAUCUGAAUGGGAUGUACUGGCUCGGUUCCCACACCAGCUACGCAGAUGGGGUGAACUGGGAGACCGGCAAGGGGGACUAUUAUUCCUAUAAAGUAUCAGAAAUGAAAUUUAGGCCUGUUGAGCCGAGCACUUGGCCAACAGCAGCGAGCAGCGUGUAGGGGGAUUGGUUUCUUUUUAGCUCAGACAGUUGCUUAUCCCGUUCUGUUGGCCCCCUGCGACGUAAGCCCAUGUUAGUGAGGGCACAACUGGCCCAUCUGAGGAGGUGGGGUUGUUGUGCUAGCGCACGUUUCAUAAACAGAUCAGUGGCUAGAUCCCUGGGCAGCAUGGAGCGCAGCGAAGAACCCGGAUCUGUUACCAAAGCACAAGCAUCUCCCUUUCCCUGCAUAGAAUUGGUUGGGGACCGGGGCAUGGGCUAGGACAUGGCAAAGUUUGACAUUCGUUGGCCAAAACCCUAGAGGAUUCCCAGUUUCCCGGGGCAAGCAGGGAUGACGGGUACCCACGGGGACGCAUCACCCCUGGGACACCAUGGCGAGAUUUGUACCAUCCACAGCAGUGGCUCUACCCCCUCUGUCAAUGCCCCUUCCCAGCGCGGGGGGCAAGGAGGCAGCAUGACAGUGCAGGGAGCUAUCGGACCUGGGUUCGCCCACCCCGAUCAUUCAGCCACCCCCAAUCUCAUGAAAUGGGCUUUAAAAAUAAACUACAG